AUAUGUAACAAUCAUAAGCUGUACUUAAGUAAAUGAAAUAAAAAUCGUCUGCUUUGCAAUUUGUUGUGUGCGCGCGCUUUCGUGCAAUCACGUGUUUUUGUUCACUCUUCUGCGUUUUUAUGUACUUAUAGAUGUCGUGAGUCGUGACCGGGCUUCCGUAAGCGUAUGUAUGACAUAUGUAUUUACAACAAAAACAACACCCCAUACCGUACGAGCCUUUUAGUUUGUCAGCAUAGGCCAUAGCUCCCGGAAGAAUUUUAGAGUAUUUUUAAUAAGAGAUACUCAUUUUUCCUAAAACAAAACCAAAAAAGGAAGGAAAAAAAAAAAAGACAACUAUGUCGGAUCAAACCACAAACGGAAGCAGCCCUGCGGUGAGCAAUGUACCACACCUGGAGGUGAUUGACCGUGUGAUGAGCAUACCGGUUGUCCAGUCAGCAAUCGAGAAGACCAACUCCACCUACUCUUACGUAAAAGAUUCGCACCACCUGAUCAACUGGGCGUUGAAUUACGCCGAAGCUGGAUUGCACUAUGCGACUGCCACGGCUGUACCGAUGGCUGCACCUUUGGCUAAAAAGUUUGAGGGCCCCAUCAGCAGCGUCGAUCAGAAACUCUGCCAGGGCUUGGAUAUGGUCGAGCAGAAGGUGCCUAUCGUCAAGCAGCCGCCUACUGAGAUCUACGAGGCCGCGAAAAAAGUAUUGAACAGCUCGCUCCAGCCAACGGUUGAGAAGCUCGUAUCUGCUAAAGAGUCCGCGAGUGUUCAAGCCAGUCAUCUCAAGGAGAUCAGUAUCAACAAGGCCAAUGAGGUCUUGAGCACCGACUACGGUGCUUUGGCUAUCCAAGGCGUCGACAGCACGAGUGUCCUCAUCAACCGCCUCCUGGAUAAUUUCUUUCCACCGGCAGCCGAUGAAGAGGAAACUCCAGCUCCAGUAUCGGCGGACGAGAACAAAGUUCUUCACGCUGUCCAGACGAUUGGCCAGCUGUCAGCAAAGACGGCGAACCGCGUGUACCAUUCAGUGGCUGCACAGCUGAAGACCGUUAAGAAAGAGGAUGUUUCCAAUUACAUAUCCAGUGUCGUGUCAAUUCUUCACUUGACCAAUUUCCUGAAACUCGGACAUCAGCCAGAGACGCCGAAAAGUACCGACGAAACAAAUAGCGAUUCGGCGGCUUCGGAUAAGCCAAAGUCCAGUUAAAGAGAGGAAGACUCUGCGAAGAGAUGAUUUAUUAUUUUUGGGUGAUGGUCGUUAACUUCUAUGCGUAUCGAAAUUUAUUGUAAUUGCCAAUGAAAAGUUGAGCUUUUAUGCAUAUAUAGGCUGUAUUUAUUUGAUAUAUUUAUACAUAUGUUUACCUGAGAUAAGAAAUUUUAUACAAAGUUUGUAAGAGACGCUUAUUGAUGAAAAUUUUGAUACCUGUUUUUUUUAUAUACUUCAUCUAUUUUAUAAAAAAAAAUAUAUGUCUUGUAGCUCUGAAUGCUCGUUUCAAGGACACGAUUUCGUAAAUACUGUUUUUGUAAUGUACACAAUUGUAAAUCUAUGAACAUUAUUAUACUCGUUAUUUUUUUAUACAAGUCUCAGUGCCAGUACUGAUAUUGUUAGUUUCACAAAAACCGUGUAAGACUUUUAAAUACAAAAAAUCUUCUAAUAUAUUUCUAAAAAUGUACAAAAUCAUCAUACGUACUCCAAUACAAAAUCACAGGACUUGUGUUUAAAAAACAAAAAAAAAUUUGGUAUUUGUAUUGUAAUUGUUUAUACGUAUUUUAACACUUCUGUAAAAAAAAUAUUAGAGUAUUACGUACAUUACAUACAUAAAUAAAUACUGUGUAUAACUAAUGUGGGUGCCAACAACGGAAAAUAAGUCUUUAGCUACUUUUAUACAAAAAUAUUUUGCAUGACAAUUCGAAACUUAUUGCUUCAUCUCGAUUAUUGAA